AUGAGGUUGGGGUUGAAUAAUCAAAUUUUGAGUUUCAUUUUGAUUCCAUUGACUAAUUCCGUAGCUGAUUUGAUUAAUUACCAUAUUGCUUUGAGCCAAGGGAAUUCGAAUUUAGUUAUUGGACAAUUAAUGGGUAGUAUAUUGAUUAUGUUUACUAUCAUUAUUGGAUCUAUCGCUGUUUUAACAAAAGGUUUCAAAGUGGAACAUCCCAAGAUAUUGAUUAUUGACUUGGGGUGGAUUUUGACCGUAUUGGUGCUAUUUGCAUAUGUCUUGUCAGAUGGGAAAAUCAAUCAAUUAGAAUGUAUAAUCAUGUGUUUGGUUUAUGUGGCUUAUGUUGUAUUUUUGAGCAUAUUUGAUAAAGAAAAACUACGUGAUUUUGAUGAAGAGUUGUUGAUUGAGUAUUAUGACGGUGGUUAUGGUGAUGGUGAUAAUGAUGAAGGAUGCCAACAUAUUAUUGAACAGCCUUACAAUGUUGAAGAUGCAUUGGAUAUCAUAUCGAAUGAUGAACAUGGUUAUGGAUCAGUUAGAUCGAUUUCAAGAAGUGCAUCGCCAAAAAACUCACCAAGGGGCUCUCCGUGCCCAUCCCCAUUUGGUUCAAGAGCUGCUUCUCCUUUACCAGUUAGUACAAUGACUUCACCAACUCCAAUAUCUCCCGCGGUACCAAGUCAAGUAUUUCCCAUUAUUGAUACAAUGGAAGAAGGGGAAGAAAUCCGGGGUGAUGAUAAUGAUCCUGAAGCGGUUGAUUAUUUGUCGGUGCAUUAUAUCCCCAAAGACCACUAUCCUGGUUCACCGCAACCAUUAUCGCGUCCUCAAUCUCGUUCGUGUUCAAGACAAUCGCUGCAUUCACAUACACCAGUGGCCCUACCAAAGCGAAUAAUGACAUUGACAUUUCACUACAUUUGCAACUUUAUCGACUUUAUUUUCAUUUUCCUAAUACCAUUUUAUCGAUAUGUGGAGUUGGAGGAUUCUCAAUGGAAAGCACAAUUACGUCAGAACAAGUACUUACCUACAUGGUACCUAUAUGUAACUCCAUUGCUUUUUAACUACCAAUUCACCCACAUCAACUUACAAAUAUUAUUACCCAUUGUAACAAUAUCAAUCCCCAUCGUAUUAUACUUGAAACGGUUCAUCAACAUCAACACCAAAAUCAUAAUUGUCUCCCUUGUCGGCACAUUAAACAGUUUAAUUAUAAUUUCAAACAUUUCAAUCUACAUCUUACAAAUUUUGAAAAAUUUAGGUCUCAUUUGGAAAAUAUCCGAUUAUAUUCUCGGACUACUUGUAUUUUCAAUCAGCAAUUCUAUAAACGAUGUCAUUACAAAUAUAACAUUGGCAACAAAGAUUAAUCCCAUAUUGGGUAUCAAUUCAUGUUUAGGCACCCCUUUGCUCAUCAUAUUGUUGGGGAUUGGAUUCAAUGGGUUUUUGGUCAUACAAAAAACCCCUCAUGGAGGUGCAAUCAAAUUUGAUUUGAAAUCCAGUGUGAUACUAAGUACUACAGCAUUGAUUGCAACUGUUGUGUUUAUUUUAAUUUAUUUACCAGCAAAGAAAUGGAAAUUUGAUCGGACUUUGGGUAUGAUUUUGGUUAGUUGGUACUUAUUAGUUGCUCUGAUUAAUUUGUACUUGGAAUGA